AUGGAAUCUAGACGGAUUUUCAAUUUCUCACUGAUCAAAUUUCUUCAAACUUCGUGGUUCCAACGCUAUCAGACGCUUCUUUACAGACUUCUGGGAAGAAGCCAGACGCCGUCCAUUGAAGUUAAGCCAACCGUCGUCGUUCCGGAAAUCAAACCAUCUCGCCAAAUGCAUUCGACUAUUGCUAGCAACGCGGCAGCGGUCCGUAUUCCCAUGAUCAAAUUCAUCGGAGCCCGAUUGCCGCGACCACAUUUCGACCGAACCACUCUGCCUCCCCUUCAAGUCGCCGGAAACAUUGCCGUAUCUGCUCCAGCCAAGCCAUCGUCAAUUGGACCCGUCGGAAAAAUUCCAAGAGGACAAGGAAUCGAUCAUACCUUACUUCCAGCAAAGUUCCAAAGACCAGGAUUGUCGGAAGAAGAGAUUGAGGCAGUUAAUAGCGGAUUCUUCUACUCGCGUUAA